CGUGGCCUCCAUUGCACGCGCAGUUUGCAGUAUGAUCCGAGGAAAGCAGCCCAAGGUGAAAGCCAAAUGUUUGUCUAAAGUUGAACGAGUUGAUAGAAUCACCACACUUCCUCAAGCCGUAGUAGAAACUAUCUUAUGUCUUUUACCAAUUAAAGAGGUAGCUAGGACAAGUGUCCUCUCAAGGGAAUGGAGGUACAAAUGGACCACAAUUCCUGAACUUGAGUUUUACCAGGAUGAUCUGAAAGAAUCGUCUGACGGGAGUGAAACAUCUGACUUAGAAAGGGCAAGGAACAACAUGGACACGAGGUGUAAGCUUAUCUAUGUUAUACACCAAGUUUUGUUACUCCACCAGGGUCCUAUACGUGAGUUCACGCUUUCGAUGGAUGCACAUCACACCUGCUUUGAAAUUGAUCAGAUAAUACUUCAUUUGUCGAGAAACCAUGCCGUCAAUAAAUUAAGAUUUGAGUUCUAUGAUUAUAAUACAUAUGGUUUACCUUUAUCUUUCUUCUCGUUGCAUCACUUGACGGAUUUGUAUCUUGCAAAUUGUAAUAUCAACCAGAAACCAAUAUUCAAUGGAUUUGGUAGCCUUACAAACUUAUCCUUGAUAUUUGUAAAGAUCUCUAGAAAAGCUCUUCUACAUCUUUUAUCUAAUUGUCCAUCACUUAAGCGUUUGGAUAUGCUUAUAAGAGAUUUUCUCGGUGAUGAAAAACCCAACACUAUGGAGCUAUUCAAGUGUUUACCUAUGAUUGAACGUCUGACCACUGGGGGUUAUAUCAUUCCGUCGUUAGUUCAAGCCUCAGUUUCACAAGAGCUUCCAACUUCACUAAUCCACCUCAAGUACUGCUAUAUCGAAGACUUGUCUUUUAAAGAUGGCUAUGGAUUGCCUUUUAUUACUGCUUUGAUCAAAUGCUCCCCAAACUUGGAGAAAAUUGAGCUGGCGAUGAAUGAUGAUGAGAUAAAAUCUGUUCUGCUGGAUGAAUACUCCGUUACGUUGGAAAAAUACUCAAAUGUUUGGUUGGAGCAUCUGAACGAAUUGCAGAUUGGAUAUUUCACACAUGUGAAGCCUGUGUUAGAGUUGGUGAAGUUUAUUUUUGCCAGGUCACCCAAUCUAAAGAAGGUGAGUUUGCUAACCAAUGAGGUGGUGGACAAGAAUGAAAGGUUGGAGAUCUUAAAAACUCUUAGGCGCUCCACACGCGUCACCGGUGGAAAUUGUUGUACGUUGAGUAUCGCUUCAAACCCUAACGAUGGUUUUCCUUUGGAGGAAACCUUUUGAAACUCUAAUGUUGAGAUUCAUGAUAGGCGACGUUACUGUUUUUUAUAUAUAUAUAUAUCUUUUGUGG